AUGGCACAGCCACGGCCGCCCUUCGACUUCGACCUUAACGAGCCGCCGCCACCGGAAGACGACGGGGCGAACGACGCUUCUCCGGCACCGGUGCCGGUGCGUGAGCCCUCUCCGCAAGUUCCGAUGCCUCCGCCGUCGCCGGUGUUAGACCUCGAGGCUCCACUGUCGCCUCUGGACGAGGACGACGAUGACGCUGACGCGCAACCGCCUGGUCCACCCAGCCUGCCCACCGCGGCGGAACCGUGCAGCCUGGCCAGCUUCGUGGCUCCGGUGCGCUCACCUUCCUCCGCUGAGGGCGUCUCUGGUGACACACUCGGCGCGCUUAGGCUUCCGAGCCGUCACGGCGAGAGAACGUGGCCGAGGGCGUGCCUGCCCGCGCCGGACGGGGACACGGCGCGGCGGUCGUCACCUGAGACCUCGGCGCCGCAUGGUCACUCCAGGGGGAGAAGCGAGACGACAUCUUCCCACAGGUCGCGGCACAGGCGGCCCUACGUCGCCCGCGACGACGCGAUUUCUAGACAUCGCGGCGGCUACGAUGAGGAUGCCGGGUCGUCCCAUGGAGGGAGCCGCCGCACCGGACCGCCUUCCCCACAUCACCAGGAACAGACAGGUAGAAUACAUGCACCGGCGAUUGAAGGCCAGCCGGGAGCGCCUCCGAGGAAACGAUGGCGUCGGCGGUCGCAAAGGCAGCAGCACGGGUUCCAGCAGUACCACGGCCAAGAUCAAAGGCGGCAGGGGUAUCGUGGCAACGAGGAGCCGCAGCAGGGCUUUCGAGGCCAGGAAAGACCACAGGGCUAUCAAGGUUAUCAUGGGCCUCGUGCCCACGGAACGCCAAGUUUUCCGGUGCAACAAGGCGGCUAUUCUUCUUUUAGGCCGUCGUCUGGGCCGCACGGCAGGGAGGACUCGUACCAUGCCCCGCGCGGUCCGGUGCAAGAACCCCCCAAAAUUGGCAGGUAUCGGCAUAGGGAGGCGCCUACUUUCAGGCCGUCUUCUGGAGCGCACGGCAGGGAGGAUUCUCACGGCGACCGCCAUUGUCCGGCCCAAGAAACCCCCAACGGUGGGUAUAAUAAGCACAGGGAGGCACCUAAUUUCAGACCGUCGUCUGGAGCGCACGGCAGGGAGGAGUCGUACGGUGGCCGGUGGAAUCCGGCGCAAGAACCCCCCGUUGCCAAUGGUUGGUAUCAGCAGAGGGAGGCGCCUCGUGAUCGUGGCCCCGUUCGGCCGUACCACCCGUACGCAUGGGACGCCAAUGCGUUCGACAGGGAUAACGUCGGGAACCAUGCCAGGCAUGAGUCCCGGCCCGGUUACCAACACCGCCGCAAUAGCAAGCAAAGCACGUCAAGAGGACCCGCUCAUGCACGUCAAUAUUACGGAGAUGUACAAAAAGUGAAUCCUAUCUCAUUACCCUCAUGGCAACUGCCUUGA